AUGCUCUUUUCAUUUGUUCCACUUCGACUGCCAGUGGCAAUUCCCUCCUUGUGUCGCCUUUCAGGUUUCCACAAGUGUGAUUUACAGUAUCAUUUCCGACAAAUUCAAAUCUUCGCAUUGCUAGCCGCCACCAAGCGGAACUACCAAUCCAUUUGGAACACCUACCUCAAGUUCUGCCACUUCUACUGUCUUCCACCAUUUCCCGCCGUUCCGGCUACAAUCGCCACCUUUGCCAACUUGGUCAGCUUUUCCGUUAAAUCUCAUCAUACCAUUAACAAUUAUCUAAGUGCCUUACGACAGCUAAACGUUUUUUGACAUUUUUACACGAAGGCUUUCGACGACAUUCACGUCAAACUGACUGUGAAACGUUUCGAAAAGUCGAUGGUCCACAUCACUCAUCGCAAAGCUCCACUCAUACCAUCCAUCCUGCUCCAAUUCGACGCCCUAGUUGGCUUCUUCACAUUCUUUCGCACAGCAAAUUUGGUUCCUCCUUCACUUAUUACCUUCUCCGCCUGGAAAGCACUUUCCAGAAUCAGCAUCACAUUCAACAGUUCCGGCGCCGUUAUUACCAUUACAAGAAGAAAACUCACCAAGCCGGUGAUACCACCCUUAUUGUUCCCGUCCCACGCAUUCCUGGAUCCCUACUUUGCUCCACAUUCGCUUUCCACUCCUUACUACGGACCGCUCCUGUACCGACACUAAUCCUCUCUUCUCUUUUAUUUCCACCUCGAACCAACUUGCCUGCAUCACUUCCAAGAGCCUUAACGACAGUAUUAUACAUCUGGCUUCCCUCAUCUCUUUGGACCCUUGAGACUACUCAGGGCAUAGUCUGCAUCACGGCGGUGCUACAUUCGCCUUUCAGCUUGGAAUCCUAG